GCAGUCAGGGUCCAAGGAAGGAAAGCGACACGCUCUGUUUGCUCCGAGAUGGACGGGUACCCCGUGACGGUCUAGGCUGUGGUUGCCCCAGAUGUCAUGGAAGGCUGCAGUGAGGAGGGCCUGGAGGGGCAGCAUUAAAAAUGGGUCAGAACUCAUGCCUGUAAUCCCAGCACUUUGGAAGGCAGAGGCAGGCAGAUCACCCAAGGUCAAGAAUUCACGACCAGGCCGGCCAACGUGGUGAAACCCCGUCUAUACUAAAAAUACAAAAAUUAGCUGGGCGUGGUGGUGCGCACCUGUAGUCCCAGCUACUCAGGAGGCUAAGACAGGACAAUCACUUGAACCCGGGAGGCGGAGGUUGCAGCGAGCCGAGAUCACGCCACUGCACUCCAGCCUGCGUGACAGAGACUCCGUCUCAAAACAAGAAAAGGAUCAGAAGUGGUCCCUGAGCUCUAGGAGAGGAGCAAGGCCUGGGAAGAGCAUGAGGUUGGAAUCCCGGGCAAGUUACCCAGCCUCUCUGAGCCUCAGUCUCUUCAUCUGUCAGGUGAGGUUAAUGAUACCUUGGCGGAGAAGGAAUGAAUGGGAUUGUGUGAACAGGCCCGUGAGGGGGGCUCAGCACUUGUUGGUUCCCUUCUAAGGAGUGAUGACAAAUAGAAAAGCAGGACCUGAAUAGCUCACUCAAACCUGGAGGAGUUCACAUAAAAUGAAAUGACACAAGCAUUGAAAUAAUUGUCUUACAAGAGAAAAUUAUAGGUAGGAAAAGUCAAAACUGAAAAGUGAACAGUGGCAGACUGUCGAGAAGUUGAGGAAAGAAGUGUUGAAGCCGACUGUAAAGUGGGAAGCAAAGGUGAAGAGAUGGUACCAAGUGAUGCGAGUUGGAAGCCGCGGAGUGCGGUGCUGAUUUUGCUAAGCAUCCAGAGGAUGAGAAGUGCAAAGCACGUGUUCUGCCAGGGCCUGGACGGUGGAGUGCAAGUCUAUGUAAGACUCAGGAGGAAAAGAGGUAGAACAUGGAAAGAAUCGGCAUCGAAGGAGGCUCAGCAGAGUCAUGAGACGGAAAAUGGGGAGGGCAAAGGGAAAUUCAAGACGGGCAGGGAGAGCUUCCAGCACCUGUGACAGGCACAGGAGGAGCGCUCGAUUAAAUGGUGCCCAACCAUCUUGUGAAAGGCUCAGGUAUGAGACCGAAAACUGCGACAUAAACCUUUAGUUCUGAGGGACCAGUUUCUGGGGCUGUUGAGCAGCAGAGGAGAGGGAGAUAAAGCCAGUAGGUGAGAGACGAGCUUGGAGGAGGUGACUGCUAUUGCAGAUAGAAUUGGUGGAGAGGCCCCUGGGAAGAUGAAUCCUCGGGUCACAGACGGGCAGUCCGCGAUGGAGACGGAGCAUAGCAUUUGGAAAGAGAUUUCAGGAUGAUGAACAUAGCCUCAUACUUCUUGCUUCCCACAAAUGCAGAGACCCUUCCAUCCCUGACCCCCCACCCAAAAUAGUAUUCAGGUGGAAGCUGUCAACCCAGAUUGGGUCAGUUAACAGGUGUGUCUGCCUGUCAGUGCCAGUCACACUUCUUUACCUUCAAGACUUCAAAGUAAAUUCCAGUUUGGAAGUGACAGCUUUUCCCCAUAGGGUGUGUUUCAGUGGAAGAGCGUCCGUUCCGUUUCCAGGGCCCCAGAGCCCUCCGUAAGCUCUGUUGCCUUCUGGGUCAGUUCCCGUGGAUAAAAGGCUUAGCCAUGCAGGAAUGUGCUCUGGCUGCUGUGAGGUUUGCAGAUCAGUCUCACGGACCUGUGCCCUGCCCACGGCCUCAGAACAAGUUCCUGUGAGAGGCAAGUACAUCUCUCAAAACUCACUGAAGUUUUUGGUUUCUAGACUAAUGUUCUGCAGCGAGAGAGUCUCAAGUCAGAUGAGAACGGAGGCGUUCUUUUUCUUCUUUUCUGACCUCACAGGAGACCCAGCAGUGGGCAAGACCGCCCUGGCGCAGAUCUUCCGCAGUGACGGAGCCCAUUUCCAGAAGAGCUACACCUUGACAACAGGAAUGGAUUUGGUGGUGAAGACAGUGCCAGUUCCUGACACGGGAGACAGUGUGGAACUCUUCAUUUUCGACUCUGCCGGCAAGGAGCUGUUUUCGGAAAUGCUGGAUAAAUUGUGGGAGAGUCCCAAUGUCUUAUGUCUCGUCUAUGAUGUGACCAGUGAACAGUCCUUCAACAACUGCAGCAAGUGGCUGGAGAAGGCUCGGGCCCAGGCUCCAGGCACCUCUCUCCCAGGUGUUUUAGUUGGGAACAAGACAGACCUGGUCGGCAGGCGAGCAGUGGACUCAGCUGAGGCCCGGGCAUGGGCGCUGGGCCAAGGCCUGGAAUGUUUUGAAACAUCCGUGAAGGAGAUGGAAAACUUCGAAGCCCCUUUCCACUGCCUGGCCAAGCAGUUCCACCAGCUCUACCGGGAGAAGGUGGAGGUUUUCCGGGCGCUGGCGUGAACAGCUGGAGCAGAUCGUGCUGCACAACCGGAGAAGACAGAAUUACCUCUGCACUUUUAAUGUAUAAUGACGGCUUUAAAUAAAAUGAGGAGAAAAUGUCGAA